AGAUAUUGGUGUCAGCGAGUUGUUUGGCUCAGUAUCUUCCAAUGUGUCAUUGAAUGAAAAGAAAACCAAUUCAAUGGUGCAUGAACUGUUCGGUGAAGCUAAUUUAAGUGACGAUAAUAGUAAUAAUAAUAAUGAUGAUAGUGAUGAAUAUGACUUGAAUGAAUUACAGGGAAUUGAAGACGAUGAAAAUAAUUAUGAACUAUCAGAAAAUGGAGCUAGUAUUCAAAAAAGUUUAUCAGUUAAACAGCAUUUAGAAAAAGAUAAACUAAUUGAACGUCGUGUUAAUAAUAUUAUUCAACUAGAGGAGCAGUUAAUAGAAAAGAAUUAUUCUACACCAUUGCCUAAUGUUAAUAAAUGUAACAAUAAUAAUGAUUCGGUUAGCACCGCUUUGGCAGCUUGUGCUUUACGACGUCAAAAAGCAAUUUCUGCACUGAACGCUUCUUCAUUCACUCCUAACCCUGUUGUUUCAACUAAACCGACUGCUAUAACACCCGUUACAAAUUGUACUAAUCAAUCAACUUCGAUUGAUAAAGAUUGUUGGUUUGCAAUCCCUACAAAACUUAGAGUUUAUCGGCCACGUAUUUCCUCUGAACUUUGGUCCAGCAGAACCUCUGAUCGUGAGGUUCUCACUCUACCUCAGUAUAUUCAGCGUCAUCGUAAUCAUCAAUUUGUCGGUAACGCUAAAAAAUCUUUUACCAGUGAAGCCGUUGUGGUUGGUGUCAUUGGAUCCAAAUUACCUCCACGUCGCUCUCGUAAUGAUCGUAUUUAUUCAGUCUGGUGUCUAAGUGAUCUAGAAAAUAUCGGUCCUGGAUCUUCAUCAGGGUGUUUAAAACUGUUUUUAUUUGGUAACUGUCAUGAGAAAUUGUGGAAAGAACCUGAAGGUAGUGUUGUUGCUGUCCUAAAUCCUCGCUCACUUACUUCUGGAGAAGUAAGUGCAUUUACUGA